CUCAUUAACAAAUUUACAGAGAGCAGAAAGAACAAGUAUAAUGGCCUCUACUUCCAUUUCUUGUGCUGGACUAUUCGUGGGGCUUCUCUUGAUGGCCAGUGCAGGGACAGCUGACCAAGCCGAGUGUGCAACUAGGGUCCUCAUGCUUGCACCAUGUUUGCCUUAUGUUCAGGGAAUGUUCCCUUCUCCUGCUAGGGCUUGUUGUGAUGGUUUGGCGCGGCUCAAUAAUGAAGAUCCAAAGUGCAUCUGUGUACUUUUACAGGAGGGAUCUUCCAUGAUGGCUGGCUUCCCUGCAGUAAACCAGACCCUGGCCUUGAACCUCCCGAUACUUUGUCAGCUCCACGUUGACAUAUCUCGCUGCCCUGAGUUGCUUGGUGCAGCACAAAAUGGAACCCAAGGUCAAUCCGCUGCCGUGUCACCAACAGGGGCAUUACCACCAUUCGCCAUGAGCACACCCAUCCGGCAUGCCCCACCGAGUUCCAGUUCACAAAUUCAAGCCACAAGCUGGACACUGAUCUUCACGGCUGGUGCUUAUAUGCUAUUGGAACUAAUGAGUUGAGAGAGAGAGAGAGAAAGAGAGAGAGGUCUUUCUAGGUCGUAGGUUUACCAGUGUACGUGCAGAGAGGGAGAGAGAGAGUCUCUACUUGUGUGAUGUGUGGAUUUCUUUCGUACAUGCAAUAGAUAGUGUUCGAGACUAUGGUCUUUGUAGGGUGUUGUCUAUGUUCUUUGUAGGAAGCCAUAUUUUCAAUACUGAAUGUGGGCUUUGUGUAAUUUCUACCGAA